AUGGGCGCCGGCGCUUCGGCCGACGUCGCCGCUUUGGACGACGAGGCACUGCUGGGCGUCCUGGCGGCGGACGUGGGCCGCGCCAAGCGACUGCUGGACGUGGCCGCGCGCGCCCAGCGGCUCCUGCGGCUCGGGCCAGUGGCAGAGGCACUGAGUGUGGAAGCGCUGCAAGAAGGAACACAAGGAGCGCAAUCGUCAGCACUGGCAUUUGCUGAAGGCAGCACGUUUGGCCGGAAGGUGGAGGAUGUCUCCACUCUCAUUGCCUCUCGCGGCACUCGCCUUUCACCCGGCCUUUGCCUGGUGCUGACCUCCGGUGGUACCGUCUUGGACGAUUCGAAGCCACUACUGGAACAGCUGUGUGGGGAAGAAGUCACCUACAUUACCCGGGAAGUCUCCGCAGGAGAAGCCGCCGUGAGCUUGCAGCGUGCCUUGGCCUCUGAGACGAACAAUGCAGAUGUCCUGCGAGAUUUCGGGAUCGCCACAGCUGCACUGGCCGAAGAGAACAAGAUCGCUGGCCGAUGA